AUGAUCGAAUACACCGACUACCAAAAGGUUUUCCCACCGGGAGCUCAAAUGCCCUAUGACCGCAAGCGCAUACACGAAAUCGAGGCGCGUCGGAAAGAGCUGGGCGGACAGCUCUUCAUUGAUCGUGUGCUGAAAGCAUUGGGCAUCAGCAAGAGCAAGGUGUAUCCUCCAAAGAACGACAAUGGAGUCCGACAGCUCCACCAACAAAUUUGCGAAAGCAACAUGUCGAUGCACCACAAGCUGUCUUUGAUCUACUAUGUUCUCCUAGACUUCGACACGGUUGAGGGCCAAGCAUCUCUGUCAGAAAAUUUUGCUUCUGCUUCCAGCAUGCCACAGAAGUACGAGAUAUUCAUGAAGGGGCUGUGGUACAUGGAUGGCCUCGAAUUUUCGGCCGCUCUGGAAUACGUCGCCCAUCCAUCGCUGGUAUCGGAUUUUGCAGAUGAUAUUAUCAUCGCACUGGUUCAGAAUGCCUCGGACGGUGGCUAUGAUCUUGCGCUGUCUUAUUUCCACACCGUUCAGCCAGUCUUGAAGACUUCCAAGGCCCUCGAACUCAUCUUUGGCGCCAUGGCUCAAACCAAUGUUACUGAGGCGCUUCUUUAUUCCCGAACACAUCCUGAGCAUACCCGCGAGCAACUCUUCCGGCAAUUGAUUGCAGAAACGCUCGGUAAUAAGUCAGAACAGGCAGGCGAGUUGGCUUUCCUGCCUUUUGACUCCAUCGAAGAAGAGUGGUUUGAGGAAUACCUCUCGACAGGCGACGGAAGAAAUCUCAAAAAGGCCAAGGACACCAUUCUCGUCCGCAAAAUUGCCAGCGACCGAUUUAGCGAGAUUCGGACCCAAAGAACGAGCAGCCAGUGGGGUCCUGUGCUUGAAGGUAUAAAGUCAGGCAUCGAGGGCCAAUUGGAAUAA